AUGGUUUUGGAUAGCGAUGAUUUGGGAGCCAUCGCAGCAUUUGGUGAUUUUAAUGCUGACAAACAUGUUGAUAUAUUUGUUAUUACAAACAGAGGUAAACAAGUCAAAUUAUUGCUGUCCCAUCAGAGUGAAGCUCCAUAUAUUUCUCAGAAUUUGAUUGGACCCACUGCUGGAAGGCCUUUCUUUGUUCUUUUUUUCUUUCUUUUUCCAUUCUUUGUUCUUUUUUUCUUUCUUUUUCCAUUCUUUGUUCUUUUUUUCUUUCUUUUUCCAUUCUUUGUUCUUUUUUUCUUUCUUUUUCCAUUCUUUGUUCUUUUUUUCUUUCUUUUUCCAUUCUUUGUUCUUUUUUUCUUUCUUUUUCCAUUCUUCGUUCUUUUUUUCUUUCUUUUUCCAUUCUUCGUUCUUUUUUUCUUUCUUUUUCCAUUCUUCGUUCUUUUUUUCUUUCUUUUUCCAUUCUUCGUUCUUUUUUUCUUUCUUUUUCCAUUCUUCGUUCUUUUUUUCUUUCUUUUUCCAUUCUUCGUUCUUUUUUUCUUUCUUUUUCCAUUCUUCGUUCUUUUUUUCUUUCUUUUUUUCUUUCACUAA